GCCCCGUGCAACCCCGCAUCCCCCUGCACGUCGGAGUCGAAGCUAAAUCUAUAUAAGGCGAGAGAACUGCAUUUUAUUCCCAGAUCUCUGCUCUGAACUUCCUGUCCACAAUCCCAGCAGAACUUAACUCCCCCUAAAUACAUACUAUGACUGUGGCACUUGCUCAAAGAAACAUCAGAGAAUUGGAUGCUACGGACGAUGACAUCCUCCUUGUCAAUCAGUUGAAGGCGAAAAUGCACGCAGCGGAUGCUGCAUGGAACGCCGAAUCCAACUUUGACCAAGAGAAGGACAGGGACGUAUUUCGCCAGUAUGAAACAGCUUGCGAUCUGGUCAAAACCUUCUACAAGGAACAGCACACGAAGCAAACCGUCGAGUUCAACAUCAAAGUCCGCGAGGGCUUGGCCAAAACCAAGCGUGACUCCAUGAGCGUCUGGGACGCCUUAAUUAAGUUGGACGGGCUCGUUGAUGAUUCUGAUCCCGACACUGAACUGUCCCAAAUCGAACAUGCCUUGCAAACCGCUGAGGCUAUGAGAAGGGACGGCAAGCCAAGGUGGAUGCAGCUUACCGGGUUGAUUCACGAUAUGGGUAAGAUGUUGUACUUCUACGAUGCCGACGGUCAGUGGGAUGUUGUUGGUGACACCUUCCCAGUGGGCUGCAAGUACUCGGACAAGAUUGUAUACCCAGAUACGUUUGUGGAUAACCCAGAUUAUUGCCAUCCGGUUUACUCUACCGAGUUGGGGAUCUACGAGAAACACUGUGGCUUGGACAAUGUCAUGUUAUCCUGGGGCCACGACGAGUACUUGUACCAUCUUGCCAAGGAGCAAUCUACUUUGCCGGAAGAAUCCUUGGCGAUGAUUAGAUUCCACUCCUUCUACCCUUGGCACUCGGAAGGGGCCUACAGUUACUUGAUGAAUGGAGAAAAGGACGAAAGGGCUAUGAAGGCCGUGUUGGCAUUCAACCCUUACGAUUUGUACUCCAAGAACGACGAAAGAUGCGAUGUUGCCAAGUUAAAAGACUACUACUGUGAAUUAAUUGAUGAAUUCUUCCCAAACAAGUUGGUGCAGUUUUAGAUAGCGACGGUUAUCACUAGCCCUCACCAUGCUUGAUUUGGCUCCAUGUUCUCUUCCCUGUAUGGGAGCCGCUUAUUUAAUCCUUUUAUUCUCACUCUCGUCUUACUAUUCCGAAUUUGUUUGGGUUUCAGUUCUGAAAAGACAUAUAAUACAAAUAACCCUCUAGCAUCUUUCGGUAGUUAUCCAAAUGGCCCAGAUAGUUGGUGAAGAGUGUUUUCGGUCACGUGUGCAGCUGACUAGCUCGCAGGUUGUUCGGUAUCCUGUCAAAUCUACAUAUUACACGUAAGGUUUGAGUCCAUGGUGCGGCUUCAGUAAAUAUACAAAUAUUAUAUGGUGUCAAUUAUCGCUCUAUAUAUAUUUAGAUCCAAAGAAUAUAUAUUGCUGUAUAAUGCUAGUAUUGG